AGAUUCUCAAGGGCUCGGCGAUUACGACAGUCACCCUACGCUGAAAACCUCCUGUCUUCCCAUCUCUUCCUCCCAUCCACCAUCAUCAUCAUCAUCACCAACUCCACGAUGGCUUCAUCAAAUCCUAAACCCGCUGCCACCGCCGGCGCUCGACGAAAAUCCUCGAAGGGCACCAUGAUUGUCACUUUGAAACUGUCCUCUAAACUCCUUCAGAGAUUUGCGCCCUCUGUCAAGGAGGAAUCGCCAUCCAAGGAAUCAUCGUCGACGAUCUCGAACACACAGCCUGUCGCAGACAAUCCGAUCGAGUCGCUAUCAAAUACACCCGUCGCCAACGGCACACCUGUCCCGUCGUCGAUGCCUCCUCCAACUGAGGGCGUCAAGAAGAAGGGUGUCAAGAGGAGCUCAGGUGUGGCAUUAGAUGCAAAUGGCCAGCCCAAGCCUCGAGGCAAGCCUGGUCCGAAGAAGAAGGCAAGAUUGGAGGACGGCACCAUCGACCAUUCAAGCACAGCACCACGGGGAACCACAACUACUGCUCAUAAGCUGGGGCCCAAAGCCAACCAAGGUGCCAUCAACGCAGGCCUUCGGGCCCUUGACCGAACAGGCAAGCCUUGUCGCAAGUGGCAGAAGGGCAGCUUCAAGCUGAAGAGCUUCACUGGAAUCAUCUGGGAAAUUCCGCGAUGGAAGGCUCCACCAAAGAUCACCGUCGAGGGAACCUCUGAAGGAUCUCCUUCUGGAGAGAGCAGCAAGGAGAACAAAGACAAUAGCCAGCUUGAAAGCGAGAAGAGCGAGAAGAGCAACAAUGGCGUCGAUGUCGAGUUGGCGAGCAACUUGGUCUCUUCCCCUGUCCCAUCAAAUCCUCCCGCUGCCCCAGCAGCACCUGCCGUCGCUGCAUCUGCUUGAGAACUUCUUUCGACUGAACCGCAUAGCAUGUAUUAUUACAUAUAUCACAGCAUGGUGCUUUACUCAGUGGACAUCUGUCUCGUACAAUGAAGAAGUCAUCUGGGUUGGCUCCGA